GAGAGACGGCAGCAGCAGCAUUGGAGAGUGCCGCACCCUUUGUGCUCCUCCUGGGACUCACGGCACGGAUCAUUGCGCACAGGUAACUACCAUCCAAACACCCGGAAACGACAGAGAAGUGAACACAGGUGGUGAAAGGACACAUUUGCUAUCAACCAACGUUGUGGGACGAAUUAAAACUGGAAUGGAGCAUCGCUAGAAAACAGAGGAAAAACAAUCCUGCUUUUAUUACCUGACGCAUAUUUUCAUCUUCAGCUCAGAGCGCGUUGAAAGGAGGUGACCUCAGGUGCGAGCGCGCACUGUUUCUCAGCUCCAUACUUGAUAAACGAGUUCAACGAACAAGAAAGAAUUGAGGAGGUGGAUCCAGAGUCCUACACAGCAUCACAGUAAAGGCCUGAAACUUCUAACUGGAUCCCUCCAGUCCUCACCUAUGCAGCUGAUGGUAUGCUGAUGUCCAAACCACCAGAGAGGUCGAGUCUGAAUGGCACCCUAGUCAUCCCCUUAUACUUCCUGUCUGAAAGGCCGCUCUCCGCUCCUCUUCUCUGAUCAGACAUCCACCAGACAUCUCAACAUGAAUAACUUCACAGAGAAAUGCUACAACAAUGAGACUGUCAAGUUUUUCUAUAGUGAGAGUGGCAAGAACAUCAGCGACCACUGGCGUAAGCGUGACUAUGUGGUCGUCACUCUGGGAAUGACAGUCUGCUUCAUUGUCAUCUUUUCGAACCUUUUGGUCAUGGGUGCUAUUAUAAAAAACAGACGCUUUCACUAUCCCAUCUACUACCUGUUGGGUAACCUGGCUUUGGCAGACCUCUUCUCAGGUGUGUCCUACCUCCACUUGAUGUUUCAUACUGGUCCCUGGACCAUUAAACUGUCCAUUAACCAGUGGUUUGUGCGACAGGGGCUGAUCGACACCAGCCUGACAGCCUCUGUCCUCAACCUCUUGGCGGUGGCUGUGGAGCGUCACCAAACAAUCUUCAACAUGCAGCUCCACAGUAAGAUGAGUACCAGGCGUGUUUUCAUCAUCAUGUUGUUCAUCUGGCUGGUGGCAAUAAUCAUGGGCCUGGUCCCCACCAUGGGCUGGCACUGCCUAUGCGACCUGCCUAACUGCUCCACCAUGGCGCCGAUGUACAGCCGCAGCUACCUGGUGUUCUGGGCCCUCCUCAAUCUGCUGACUUUCUCCAUCAUGGUGGCCGUCUACACCAGGAUCUUUAUCUAUGUGAGGCACAAGAGCAAGCAGAUGUCGCAGCACACCACCCAGAUGAGACACAGAGAGACGGUGUUCAACCUGAUGAAGACUGUCUCCAUGAUUCUGGGCUGUUUUGUGAUCUGCUGGACGCCCGGCCUGGUGGUGCUGUUGCUUGACGGUCUGGGCUGUGACAAGUGCAAAGUGCUGCGCUACGAGAAGUACUGCCUGGUGCUGGCCGAGUGCAACUCCUUCGUCAACCCCAUCAUCUACUCUUUCAGGGACAAAGACAUGAGGAGGACCUUCAAGGAAAUCCUGUGCUUCCUGUUCCGGCGGGGCGACCCAGAGAGCAUAUCUGGAGUUCACUUUAACACCCUGGAGCAAGAGAACUGUAAGUCUCGUAUGGGUGAGCAGACAGAGAACAGCAACGGGACACUUCUCAGGAACAAAACCUCAGAUGACAACCCGGCCUCUUCAGUAAAGUGGAAACUCGAGCAAUCAUAAACUUUCAACACACACACUCAAAGACGUGCCCACACACACACACACACACACACACACUUGACACUGGGAUCUGCUGAUCAGUGUAUGAACACCUUAAACAUGCCUUAAGAUCUGUGUUUCCUCAGACAAGGUGGGAUAUUUUAUUCUUUUUACACAUUUUGGGAUUUUACCUCUACUGCAAGCAGACAAGAUUUUGGCCUGCUGUGCCUCUUUUAAAGGGAUAUUUCACAUCGUCGGAGAGAACUUGACGGGGGAUGUUUCUUAGUGUUUCAUUUGCGCUCCAUCACUGACCUUCAGCAGACGUAAGGAGCCAACCCCCACCGCCCCUACCCCCUCCCAUCCGCCCAGGACUGGGGACACUGGAGGGCGAAUAUCCUGUUUAUACAUAAACGACCUGCAAGUUUAACCCAAACAGACCGAGGUGGAAGAGGCGGCGCUAAUGGCUGCUGAACAACCGCUGCAACAUGCUGGCAACUCAUGGAAGAAAUGACUGAAACUGUGCGGACCGUCGUGCAGUAGAGUGCAAACAAGUAAUCGGCCCUGCCUCAAAUGUUUAGGGUUUUUUUUUUUUGUUAAAUCCUCAUGGUGUCUUAUUGUAUAGAAUCACUGUAAAUGUGAUGCGUCCGAGCUUAUGUGCACAUAAGAUGUGAGUUUAGCUCAAAGGCCACAAGAGCUCAGUACCUCUUUAUAAAGGGUUGUAAGUUGCAACUAAUGGGCUUGUUAAUAGUUAAUAAUUUAUCAUUUUUAUUAGCAAUGUUUGGGUUGCUAGGUUGUGAAAGAUGUAGUUUAACCUGCUUUUGUGUUUCCAUGUUUUUAAUUAGCUCCUAAAUUCAUGUAAGAAUACCCUUCUAAUGGAUCAUUUGACCACUAAGAGAUCGAUGUCCAUUUAUUUAGAACUUAUUAUUUACCGCUGCUGCUUUUUGCUAUAUUGCUCAUAUGGUCCAGCCACCUGUUUUUAAGCUGUUUUUAGUGAUGUUUUGGCCUUCUGCUUGAGACAUGUUGGUGCUUUCUGAUUUAUGCUCUGUUGAAUGUUCGGACCCCAGUAUAACUGCUUGCAGUCCUGUUUUUUACCUCGUUGUACAACUAAACUUUUAAACAUAAGAUUUGUUGGAUUAUUUUAUUUUAGAAUCAUUAGCUAAAUUAACAAACAGCAGACCAGAUGGAUUACUGAACUCAAAUGAGCCUUUCAUCGAGAUUUCCUACAUUUUCAACUGCAAGUUUAAUGAUUUGCUGUUAAACUUGAGACCUUUUUUAUAGGCUCAAUAAAAGAGCUCAAGAGAAGACAAAGCACAUUAUGCUGGAAGAGGAUGAACACCAAUCUGUCACAAGUUGACAACCCAAACGUUGUUCUCAUUAAUGGCUUCAAUGGUUAACUAAUCUAAAAUCUUAAGUAAAUGAUUAAUCAACAUUGGAGCCUUUGGUAGAAUUUAAAAUGAAUCCUCUGUUCGUUAACGUGAUUCUGGUUCGAUUGUUAUAAAAUUUCAGAUGAAGGAUAUUUACAGUUUUUACUAUAAUAUGUCAUAAUAAUCAUAAGUGUAUGACGCAGGUGUUGGAUAACCUUUUGCCCUCAUAGAAACUGAAAGAGACACAAGUCUGUAAACCUGUAUGAUUCAUGUUUUUGUGAUUUUACUUUUCCUCUGAAACUCAAAGUGAAAACACUGACAAAUAACUUACGGUACAAGAUCCUGUUGGCGUCAGUUCAGUGCCCUUAAAAAACCCCAGUCUGCUUAAAGUUUUUUUCUUUUUUUAAAGUUUUAAGCAGUAUGCUAUAAGCUCUGCCUUAAUUUUUGAUGAUUUUUCUUGCUCAUGUUGCAUGAUGUAAAUUCUCUCUGUACAGAAAUGAACAAAUAAUACUCUUUGUAAGUAGUUUGUGAUGUAAAGUUUUAUUUAUUAUCACACUGUGACAGUAGGUAUUAUGUACAGUAUUUGGUGCACCUGAGUCAUAAACACCAUAAAGGGAAAUUAUUUUUCAUUAAGUUAAUAUCCAGAAAUAUAUAUAUUUUUUAAAUCAAUACCUUUUUUUGUUAAGUGUGACUGAGAUACAGGGCAAGUGUGAGAUUAAUAUUGAGGGGUUAAUUAAGUGCAGCUGGUGUUUUUAUCUAGUAAAACUGACACCUAGUCAUUUAUAGGAAUGUGUAAUCUGUGAUCUGUGUUUCGGUUUCCUGUGUCUCUUUUUCAGCCUUGAUAAUCUAUCCAUCAGUAACUGACAGUGGCAUCAUUAAAA